GUCCUGUCACAGGAGGAGGGGAAACGUGUCUGCAGAGGCUGAGCAAAAUCCUGCAGUAGCACAACUGGAGCUGGUGCCAUGGACACGCUGGUUAGACUCCUGCAGCUGCUCGUGCUACUCCUGACCCUGCCCCUGCACCUGCUAGCUCUGCUGGGCUUAUGGCAGCCCUUGUGCAAAAAGUACUUCCCCUACCUGAUGGUUGUGCUGACCACCAAGAACAAUCACCUGAUGAAGAGCCACAAACGGAAACUCUUCAGCCAAAUAAAGGAGCUUAAGGGAAACUCUGGGAAUGUGAACCUACUAGAGCUGGGCUGUGGCACUGGUGCCAACUUCCAGUUCUAUCCACCUGGCUGCAAGAUCACCUGCCUAGACCCAAACCCCAACUUUGAGAAGUUCCUGACAAAGAGCAUGGCUGAGAACAGGCACCUCCAAUAUGAGAAGUUCUUGGUGGCUCCUGGAGAAGACAUGAAGCAAGUGACUGAUGGCUCCAUGGAUGUGGUAGUCUGCACUCUGGUGCUGUGCUCUGUUCAAAGUGUAAAGAAGGUCCUGCAGGAAGUCCACAGAGUGCUGCGGCCGGGAGGAGUGUUGUUCUUCUUGGAGCACGUGGCUGAGCCUGACGGAAGCAGGGCCUUUAUGUGGCAGCAAGUCUUUGAGCCUACCUGGAGACACAUUGGGGACGGCUGCUACCUCACCAGAGAGACCUGGAAGGAUCUUAAGAUGGCCCAUUUCUCUGAGGUUCAUAUGGAAUGGCACCCCCCUCCCAUCAAAUGGCUGCCCGUUGGGCCCCACAUCAUGGGAAAGGCUGUGAAAUAAGUUUCAAGCCCCUAAGGCAGGUCCUGGUUCCCUCCCCUCCUCCAGUCAGAACAAGCCACCACCACCCGGUCUGUCUCCUCUGAAAGGGACCAAGCAAAGAACAAGAGAAGCUCCCCUAGUCUCUGCUACCCCUAGAUCGUCCGCACCUACAACUGGCAGGAGGAGUCUCUAGCUCACAUUCCUCCUUCCACAGCAGAGAAGGUACAGCCUGUCCUCAAGUGCAAAUUCCCAAACUUUGCCCACCCACAUCCUACACAGCAACUGUCCCUGGCCCCUCACCCUCAUCAUGAAUUCCCCCAACUCCUUCUGAAGAUACACCCAUGCACCCCUGGGAACCUGCCACUAAAGCCAUGAUACCUGGAUCCCUGCUAGGCCACCUGAGCCUCCCUCCCACUACUGCCUUUGUCCUGGGCUGUGAGGGUACCAGAGAAUCAGGGGUCCUGGGGUAAGGGAGCAGCACUUGGUAAGGAAACCAGAGAUUUUGUCCUCAAAUAUUUUUUAAUAAAUAGACAAAACCCACUA